CAUUUGUCAAAAUUAUUUGUCCGUGUGCUGUCAAGUGACAAUCAUGCAAAAUCCUACUGCUUAAAAAUUAAAACAAAAAUUGUAGUUAUUACUAAAAUUUUACAUUCAAUAGUAGGGUAUUUCUGAAAAAAAAAAGAAAUGGCUUCAGCCAUGGACGUUGACGAAGAAGAAGUAGAAAUGGCUUCCUCCAGUAGCGGCAAAGGCGACAAGAAAAGAUUUGAAGUAAAAAAGGUACCGCUCGUUUACGCUUACUCAUUGUAUAUAUUUAUUCAAAUAAAAUUGAAAAACUCUUUAAACCUCGUAUAUUUCUUUCCACAGUGGAAUGCUGUAGCGUUAUGGGCAUGGGAUAUUGUGGUAGACAACUGUGCUAUCUGUCGCAACCAUAUAAUGGACCUGUGUAUAGAAUGUCAAGCCAACCAGGCCUCGGCUACAAGUGAAGAAUGCACAGUAGCAUGGGGAGUUUGCAAUCACGCAUUCCACUUCCAUUGCAUUUCACGUUGGCUCAAAACUCGACAAGUGUGUCCGCUGGAUAAUAGAGAGUGGGAAUUCCAAAAAUAUGGACAUUAGAACUGCAAUCAGCACUGCAGCUGUUUGCGACAUGCACCCCUUUUUGUGAAUCUAAGGAGAAUUAAUGUCAUACAGCAUAAGUUUUAAUAAUAAACUCACUGAGGAAUGA